AUGGUUUUAGGAGAAGAUGUUUUUAUUAUUGCACCAACAGGAAUGGGCAAAAGUUUAUGUUAUCAACUUCCAGCAAUUGUUAUUGAUCAUGGGGUUACUAUUGUUGUUUCACCGCUUCUUGCAUUGAUGAAUAAUCAAGUUGACAUUUUACGUGCAAAAAAAUUACCAGCAGCAACACUUAAUUCUACUACAUCAACGGAAAACAGGAAACGUAUUUUGGAAGAUUUAGCAUGUGGACAUCCUCAAGUGAGGCUUCUUUAUGUAACACCUGAGCUUCUUUCAACUGAAAGUUUUCGAAAAGAUCUUUUAAAUGUUUAUCAACAUGGAGAAUUGCACAGAUUUGUUAUUGACGAGGCCCAUUGUGUUUCUGAAUGGGGGCACGAUUUUAGAAAAGAUUAUAAACUCUUGUCAUUUUUAAGAAAGAAAUAUCCAAAAAUACCAAUAAUGGCUUUAACAGCAACAGCUACUGAAAAAGUUAGAUUAGAUGUUGCUGAAAUAUUAGGACUUCCUCCGCCUCCAAUUCUUAAAGUAUUUAUAGAAACUUUUUCUAGGAAGAAUUUACAUUUUGAAGUACGUUAUAGAUCUGAAAAACAUGAUCAUUAUGAAGAUUUUCAAAAAUUUAUACUUUCAGUAUAUGCAAGAAAGAAAAAAAGACUAUCUCUUAUGAAUUUGAAUUUUCAAAAUGAUAUGAAUUCAAAUAAAAAUCUAUUUGUUUCUAUAUGUGGAAUAAUAUAUGCAAAAAAAAGAGAUACCUGUGAAGAAGUAGCAAAAAGACUUAAAAAUGAUGGAAUUAAUGCACAGUCAUAUCAUGCAGGAUUAUCUCCAGCAACACGCGACAAGAUUAUGAAGCUAUGGUGUGAAGGAAAAAUAGAUAUAAUUGUUGCAACAAUUGCAUUUGGGAUGGGCGUUGAUAAGGAAGAUGUAAGAUUUGUAGUACAUUGGGACAUGUCAAAAAGCAUGGAAGCAUAUUAUCAAGAAGCUGGUCGUGCAGGGAGAGAUAAUAAAACUAGUCGUUGUAUAUUAUAUUAUUCAAGAGAAGAUCGUGAUAGAACUCGAUAUAUCUUACAUCAAGAAAUAGAACAGAAAAAAAGAAAAAGAAAAUUAGAAGAAAAGGAUGCUUCUAAUAUAAAUAGUUUUGAAAUGUUAGUAAAUUAUUGUGAAAAUGUAACAAAAUGCAGACAUUUAUUUUUAAUUGAAUAUUUUGGUGAAAUAAUUUCUGAAAAUUCAAAUAAUCAAAAUUGUAUUAAGUCAUGUGAUAUAUGUAAAAAUCCAGAAAAAGUAAAAAUCAACAAAAUUUCUCAAUUGACAGAGGAAUCUCAUUUAAGUCAAUCCUAUCCCCCUUCAACUCCAGAGAAGUAUUUUGAAGAUAAUACAUCAAACAUUUUAAAUGACUAUAAAAAAAAUAGUAGAACUACUAACACUAGCUUAGAAAGUGAUGAAGAAAUUCCAAUUGCUGAUAGAGCAUCCUUACAAUUUAAAAAGCCGAAUAUCGUUGAUGAAACUUUCUAUGAAAGAAAAGAAAACGAACAAAGAGAAUGGUUAUUCGGAAAAAAAAGAAAAAAUCUAGAUGAUUCUCCUACAUUAGAUGAAAAAAACUCUAAAAAUGCUAUUAAAUUGGAAUCAGAAGCAGAUAACCUACUUUUAUCAAAAUUGACAUGCCCAUUUUCAACAAAAAUUGACAUUAAUAUAAGAUUAACCUUUUAUAAAAGUAUAAAAUCAUCACUUUCCGGGACAAUUAAUGAAAAUGAUUCUUCAAAUCCUAGAUCAAGUAUGUGGGAUGCGUUAAAUGCUUCAUACUUAACAAAAAGUCAAAAAACUAACGUUAUUGAUCUUGCUUCAAUAACUAUUGAAGCAAGCGUCUUUCUUAAAAGCUGUACAACAAAUUUUUAUCAUAAUAUUGCUGUUCAUAAACUUAAAGAUGCAAAACUAUGUGCUCUUGGAAAAUAUUCUAUAUCUAAUGAGGUCUGGCAAGCUUUAGUAUUUGCUAUAAAAAAUAUUGACUAA